UUUAAUGGUUUCCCCUGUCUUAUUCAUUGAUCUCUCUGGCGUCGUGUUUUUAUAUAUUUUCGCCUUUAAAAUUUCAUUGAUCGUGUUUUGAUUGAUCUGCGUGUGUUGAGAACGAGCGGGGUGGUGGAUGGCGGAGAUCUGUUGCGGUUUGGUGAACAAGAGCGAGGCGUCGCCGCCUUGCGAGUCGAGCUCUCGGUCGGCUAGGAGGAGGAGGCUGGAGAUCAGGAGGAUUAAGUUCGUUCCCGGAGUUACUCCGGCGGAGGCGGAGAACGGACUGAAGCGUCCUCGGUUUGAGCUGUGCUCCACUUCCACGGGAUCGGUUUCGCGGUUGUGCGAUAACGCGGUGGAUAGUUGCGACGGCUCCGAGGGUGAAGUGGCGGUUGAGAGUGGACACACGGCGGAGGCGAAGGAUUUCUCGAGGAAAUUCCUUUUGCCUCCGGUUUUGAGUCCGGCGGGUUCCUCUCUGCUUUUUGAGUUGGUACGGCUUCCCAAAUACGGCAUGGCUUCCGUCUGUGGACGGAGGCGGGACAUGGAAGAUGCGGUUGCGGUUCAUCCGUGGUUUUGCCGUAUGGAUCGCGAAAAUAACAACGAAUUGCACUAUUUUGCAGUGUAUGACGGCCAUGGAUGCUCUCAUGUAGCGAUGAAGUGUAAAGAGCGGUUACACGAGCUCGUGAAAGAAGAGCUGGAAAAGAAAGAAACCAGCGCCGACUGGAAACAAGCGAUGGAGCAGAGCUUCAGUCGCAUGGACAAGGAGGUGAUUGCAUGGAACGAGAGCGUCGUUCGCGGCAGUUGCCGGUGCGAGCUUCAAACUCCGGAGUGCGACGCCGUUGGAUCCACCGCCGUCGUCGCAAUUGUAACCCCAGACAAAAUUAUCGUCGCCAAUUGCGGCGAUUCCAGGGCCGUCCUUUGCCGGAACGGCAAGGCCAUUCCCCUCUCUAACGAUCACAAGCCGGAUCGCCCCGAUGAGUUGAACCGGAUCCAGGAAGCAGGGGGGCGGGUCAUAUACUGGGAAGGGCCUAGGGUUCUGGGAGUUCUGUCCAUGUCGAGAGCUAUAGGCGAUAACUAUUUGAAGCCGUACGUGAUAUGUGAGCCGGAGGUGACAAUCACCGACCGGACGCCGGAAGAUGACUGUAUAAUUCUGGGGAGCGACGGACUCUGGGACGUGGUGUCGAACGAUACCGCAUGCGGAGUUGCACGGAUGUGCCUGAACGGGAAGAAGCGGCGGUCAAGCUCGCCGGAGAAGGACGUCGGGAUAGACAAUUCCGACAAGGUCUGCUCCGAUGCGUCGAUGUUAUUGACGAAAUUGGCCCUGGCGAGGCGGAGCUCCGACAACGUGAGUGUAGUCGUGGUGGAUUUGAAAAAGGCCACGUAAACCCCCGCGGCUACGUCAUAUCAUUUCCUUAUCAGAUCAUAUCCUUUUUCUAAUGUUAAUGAAAUCUUGUAAUGCAUCCCGUGUCGUCUGAUCUAAUCUGAUACUGUUAAUUAUUAAUUAUUAAGGUUGAUUAAGGUUUGAUUAGAGUGUCAUAGGUUGAAAUCUUCAGAUUUUGAAUAUUUUCGAAACAAAGAUUUGGAUUUGAAUCUUGUUGAAAAGUAAAACUA